AUGAACGUGAGAGUUGUGGCUCAGGGCAUGAUUAUGCUAGGAACAGCUUAUAUUGGUGGUAAAUUAUUAGCUCAAUCGGCAGUUUCGGCAGCUACUACGGCCGGACAAGCAAGGGUAGGUAAAGCCGCAAUGAAAGGUUUAGAAAUGGCAAAUACUCCUUACAUGCGGGAUGAUAAAGACACGCAACGCAUACAGGAUGCCGUGGAGAACAUGGAUGCAGGAAUAGCCCGAGCCGCAACUUCUUAUCAAGCCCGAACGAAUGCCCGAAUGACAUAUGCCGUUGGUCGUGCUUUUGCUGGCGCUACCCGUUUAUUUAGUGGCGGUAAAGGUUCUUAUCAAUCAGGAAUUAAUGAAUUUAUUCAUAAUAAGGCUCAUUUUCCUCCUUUGCGAGUGGAGGCUCGAACUAGCAAAAUUUACCAA